AUGUAUCUUUCUCGAAAUGCUGUCCCACUGACGGUCAACUCGAAAUCCGUUUUGAAUGCGAAAUCCGGCAAUUUUGCCUCAGCUGCCUUUCACUACACUGAAGGCCAACCAUCUUCCAACGACGACUCCCGGUGCCAUUCCAACAACCAAACCUUCUCCCACACACACAUGGCGACACUUCACGGAGGCGAUGCAUACAAUACUACAAACAACAACGGGGGAGCUGAAGAAGCAUACAACUCUCCCAUAGAAUCUCCACCCGCUCUAUAUGUUCGUGCUCUAUAUAACUACACUGCAGACGACCAGACAAGUUUGAGCUUCCGCCAGGGUGACAUUAUACAAGUGUUGAAUCAGCUGGAUACUGGAUGGUGGGAUGGUGUUAUUGGUGAUGUGCGUGGCUGGUUCCCAAGCAACUACUGUGCAGUUGUAACGGAACCAGAUUCAAUAGGCUUUGGCAGCCAAUUUGGCCAUGAGGGCGGCGACACCAGCGCUGAAUCUGGAGCUGAUGACUACGACGAUGUGGACGAUGAUUUGGAUUCUGAAGGAAACCCCAAAGACGAUCAACCAAUCCUCCUUCCCAUUGAGGGUGUAAGAGGUUCAAAAGGCUCAGAACAGGAAGAAGCUGCCUUCUGGAUCCCACAGGCCACUUCUGACGGACGACUAUUCUACUUCAACACCUUGACUGGUCGAAGUACCGCAGAGCUUCCGCUGGAGACUCCCAUAUCUGCAACGGAGUCCGGCCCACGAGAUCGGACAAAUAUAUAUCUUCCCGAGCAGACACGGGCCCCACCGGAAGUAAUGGUUGGCGGCAUCGACCGCGAGGAGGAUGAGUACGAUGGUUCGGGCUCAGAGGCUGAAGGAGAAUCUUUGAUCCGCUCCUCACACGGCUCCUCAUCAAGACGACGGCGGUCGUUUAUUUCCGACGGCAUGUCCCCUGCCACUUCACUGGACUCGAUGAAUGCAUCGCCCAUAGCGAAACCAUAUUCUGAAACAAAGAACGCGCACCACCUACCACAUCCCGCUAGUCAGUUGGUACCGAAUAGUGGCAUGUUUACGCGUGCUACCAAUGGCCAUUCCGCGCAAAGCGAUCGCAUUACUGCUCCCUCAAUCUCAUCAACUAUUCCCCGCAAUUUCCUCGAUGAUGCCUUGUCUACACCUAUUACUUGGAAUACCCUUGUGUCGAAUAUGCGCCAAGCCAUUGACGCCUAUAGGCGUGCGAUCAUGGAGGGCAAUCGUGCUCAAUAUGUAAGGCUCGCUGAAGAUAUUUCAGACCACCUCAGGUUGUUACUUGCCGCGGGCUCAGACACGACUGAUAACCAUUCUGGAAAUCCUUCUAUCAUCUCCACAAACAAACCAUUAUAUCCCCAUUUUCGUGAUAUGAUGUCGAAAUUCUCGAAGCUUGUGCUCUCCUCCCAUAUUGCCGCAGCUGAUUGGCGAAGCCCAGAUUCUGACGCUAAAUGUUUGCAGGAGGCCGAAGGGGUUUUACAUGGUGUCUACGGCUACGUUGAAGUCGCUAAGCAACAGCGAGGUGAUGAGAUUAGCCGUCUAGUGCCUGGAUUUGUACAUGGGAGUUCCUCCUUUGGUGGCCAUUGGCAAAACAACAAUGUGGGAACCAGGAAUUCACCCGUAUUUUUGGAUCACGCGAACCGAGAUAUGGGCCAUGAGCCAGCUAUGGUGCUUGACUCAAGCAUCAUCGACAGAAUCGAAAACCUCAAGAGCACUCUUGCUGCAAGCGCCCGGAGACUGGAAGACCAACUGGUUCUCUCAGAAAAGACUGUUACCUCCAGAGUGCACCUGGCCAUUUCAGACGCUGUGUGCGCUGCUGGAACUAAAGUCGUCGAAUGCUUUCAACCCUGGAUGUCGCUUGUGGAAUCCAUCGACCUUGCUCCUCUCGAUCGCAGUUCCCAGAACCCCCAGCUAGUCGACUUUAGCUUCCAGAAACAACGGGCAUAUGAUGGCGUUGCUGAUUUGGUGCUUAGUUGCCAAGCCGUUUCUGCGCCUCUGGGUGAUGAGUGGUCAGAACUAAGAGGGGAUACACUUGAAACUCGAUUGGCUAGUGUGAGAUGUGUCUGCCGCCAACUACAAAAUUACAUGACCCAAAUCGGUUUCUCCUUGACUCUACUACUCGAACAAGCUCCUUCGGAGCCAACAAUAACUCGAGAUGUUGGGACAUCAUCCAAGGUUCCGUCGGGAUCUAUUGGAGUGCCCUCGUCAUAUACCCCAGCUGAGAGACAGCCGGUCAAAACUCGAGCAAAUAUCGACAAGGCGCAGCGAUUCUUCGGAGACACUAUCCCCACUGAACCAGCGAACCCUUGGUUCUUAAACAUUGAUCAUGAAUCAGAGGUUUUCUAUGACAACAAGGGAGAUGUACCGACACUCAAAUGUGGUACGCUGGCUGGACUGGUGGAACAUCUUACCCGACAUGACAAAUUGGACACGUCUUUUAACGCUACUUUCCUUCUAACAUAUCGCUCCUUUACAACUGCAUCUGAGUUAUUCGAAAUGCUCGUACACCGCUUCACCUUGCAGCCACCGUAUGGUCUGGACCAAGCAGACCUCCAAAUCUGGACAGAACAAAAACAAAUCCCAAUCCGCAUUCGCGUCGUUAACAUCAUGAAAAACUGGUUUGAGAAUUACUGGAUGGAGCCUAACGACGAUGCGAACUCACGCCUCUUGCAACGCGUAUACGCAUUUGUCAAGGACUCCGUUUCUAAAACGAAAACACCCGGUUGCCAGCAACUACUCAGCCUGAUUGAUCAACGCAUGCGUGGUCAAGACACCUCAGCAAAACGCAUGGUUCCCACCAUCAGCGCCAACGCGCCCCCGUCCAUCGUCCCCAAGAACAUGAAAAGGCUGAAAUUCCUGGACAUCGACCCUCUGGAGUUCGCGCGGCAGCUUACACUUGUUGAAUCGCGGCUUUAUGCAAAGAUAAAGCCGACAGAGUGUCUGAAUAAGACGUGGCAGAAGAAAUUAGCGCCUGACGAGCCGGAUCCUGCGGCGAAUGUGAAAGCACUGAUUUUGCAUUCGAAUCAGCUGACGAAUUGGGUUGCGGAGAUGAUUUUACAUCAGCAGGACGUUAAGAGGAGAGUUGUUGUUAUUAAGCAUUUUGUUUUGAUUGCUGAUAAAUGCCGCGCUAUGAACAACUACUCAACACUGACGUCGAUCAUAUCGGCUCUUGGUACAGCACCAAUCCACCGAUUGAGCCGAACAUGGGCUCAAGUCAGCGCCAGGAUAUCAGCGAUUCUAGAGAAUCUGCGCCGGCUUAUGGCUAGCACUAAAAAUUUUGGGGAAUACCGCGAGGCUCUGCAUCUUGCUAACCCGCCCUGUAUUCCAUUUUUCGGCGUCUACCUAACAGACUUGACCUUUAUCGAAGACGGAAUCCCUUCCCUAACUCAAUCGCAUCUCAUAAACUUCAAUAAACGCGCCAAAACUGCAGAGGUCAUCCGCGACAUCCAACAGUACCAGAACGCACCCUACCUUUUUCACUCUGUGCCCGAGUUGCAGGAUUACAUGCUCAGCAACAUGCAAGCGGCUGGCGAUGUGCAUGAGAUGUACGACCGCAGUUUGGAGGUUGAGCCACGAGAGAGAGAGGAUGAGAAAAUUGCUAGGUAUGGACGAUUGAAUGAUGCUUCUGUUUUUGCAUUGAUGGGUUCUGGUUGA